AUGUCGUUAAGGUUAAAUUGUGCUUAUUUUAUUGAAAUACGUCUAUACGUCAUCUAUUCAUUAUUUUAUUAUGCGUCGCUUAAAGCUGAAAUGACGGUAGCUAAAAACUGCUUGGGAAAAGACGAGGGUUCAGAAACUAAAAAUCGAAUAAGUUCAUAUCAAAAAUUUAUUAAAGUUGAAACAUUUCCCAAUGUGUACAAACUACUGAACUUGGCUUUAAGUAUACCAAUUACUUCAGCAUCUUGUGGACGGUCUUUUUCAACCAUGCGAAGAAUUAAUACUUAUAUACGCUCCACCAUGAGUCAUGAUCGUUUUUCGUCCCUAGCUAUUAUCAAUAUAGAAAGAGAUAUAUCAAAUAGUAUUAAUUCUGAUGAUAUUUUAGAGAUAUACUCUAAAGAAAAUAGACGUUUAAUUUUAUAA